CUUUAUCAGAAAAGAAAAAGAAAGAACACCUAAUCAAGGGGUUGUUUCAGUCCUUUGACCUCAGAAUUAAAUUACUAACUAUUUAUAUUUAAUUUAUUAGUUAGUUGAUAAAAAAAAAAAAAAAAACUAAGAACUUACAGGCGCCUGUUUAUAUUUUUGGUCGAUACUGUUAUCAGUUUCAUGGUUUCAGCUCUCAACUUAGAAACGCUUAGCUUGGACUUCUUCUUUUCCUCAAGCAACCAUCUUACUAAGCUUUCUUUGAAGUCUUGUCUUUUCUUCUCAAAGAUUCAUCGAAAAUCCAGCAAAAGAUUCACACUUUCAAGAAUUCACCCUCUUUCUCCAAAAAAUAAAGCUCCACUUUCCAAAGAAUCUCACACGUACCAAAGAAAAUAAUGCUCUUCUUCAAGACUAUCAAGAAAAAGAUGUGGAUGUUUUCUUGCUAAACUUUAUCUCCCUUGUCCGUUAAACCCAAACCUUGUCCUUUUUCCGGUAUGGAAUUCAUGAUCAUCAUAAUCACAAGUAUCACUAACAAAGCUGUUAAACAACAAAACUUCCCGCUUCAAAAACUUUCUUUCUGGUUUGCACCCACUUCUCGUCCACCAGGCCUACUCUUCUUCACUUUUGGCUCGUAAUUGAACAUAACAAAGAUAGUACAAAAAGAAUAUCCAAUCUUUCUUCUUGUUUCAAUGGUUUCUUACUUUUAUAACGCUAAUUCAUCAUCUGGGUCCGGCUAUUUUAACACCUUGGAUCCAUUUUCGCGUAGUUUAGGGGAUUUUAAUGGGGUUUUGAAAGGCGGGUCUAUGGUAUCUCAGGCUUUGGUGCUGGAUAGUGAAAAGGGUGAACUUGUAAAGGCACCAGCUCCCAAAGUUGGAAAAAAAGGAGUGUCUGAGGCCAAGGCUUUGGCUGCUUUGAAGAGUCAUAGUGAGGCAGAGAGGAGACGGAGAGAGAGGAUCAAUGCACAUCUUGCUACUCUUCGUGGUCUUGUGCCUUGCACUGAAAAGAUGGAUAAAGCCACAUUGCUUGCUGAAGUUAUUAGCCAAGUAAAAGAGCUUAGGAAGAAUGCAAUAGAAGCCAGCAAAGGCCUUCUCAUUCCAAUGCCUGAUGAUGAAGUGAAAGUUGAAGCAUAUGAUAAUGGCUUAGGAGAUGGAACUUUGUAUUUUAAGGCAUCCCUAUGUUGUGAUUAUCGACCCGAGCUUCUGUCUGACAUAAAACAAGCAAUUGAUGCCUUGCAAAUGAAACUGCUGGAUGCAGAAAUAUCAACAUUAGGAGUUCGGCUAAAGAAUGUGCUUUUCCUGACGAGCUGCAGAAACAAGAAUGCUGUCAAUGAUGCUGAAGCGAUAAAACUUCUUACAAAUUCAAUUCACGAAGCCUUGAAUUCUGUCUUGGAUAAAGGUUGUAUCUCACCUGAAUAUUCACCAAGAACAACGCUUCCAAACAAGAGAAGGAGGGUGACUUUCUUGGAUUCCUCCAGCUCGAAUUCUUGAGAGCCAAAAUCUUGUUGCUGUUGAUAGUGAUGUGCAUAUAUGGUGAUUGUUACUGUCUCAGUUUGUGUAAGCAGAAAGAUUUGUGGAAACUGAUUAGGAAAGACUUGCGAUAUUAUAUGCAAAUAUAUUAAUUUGCAUGGUUUGAGUGAAGACAGAGCUGCUGCUACUGAAGUAUUAAGUUGGGCAGUAUCGUCUUUAUAGUUGUAAGCAUAUGGUUGUGUUGUAACUUGUAAGGUUAAACUAAACUCCUAAUUAUGACUGUGUCUUGAAUUUUUAAGUUAUGAAAAAACUUGUCCAAUAGCUUGAUAA